UUAAUUUUUAUUCAAUUUUUAAUCUGUAGAAAAAUAUUCGUAGAAGAGAUUUCGUUAAUUUAAUAGAAAAUGAUGUCAAAGUGAGAAGAGAAAAAUAACUGGCAACGUUGUACAUUCAAGGAUAGGUAGACACGUUACGUUAAAUUUCGAGAUCUGAAGAAAUAUCGUAAAAAAUGCCUAUCCAUUUUGUUCCUCCGGUGAUAGAAGAUAACCCGAGUGGAUGGGGACCUUGCUCCGUCCCAGAACAAUACAAAAAAAUGCCCUAUCAACCCUUUUCGAAGAGCGAUCGAUUAGGAAAGGUAGCGGAUUGGACUGGUGCAACUUACCAGGAUAGAAGAUAUGCCAAUAAAUACGUAUCGCAGUUUGGCACUGGAAGCCAAUAUGCUUAUUAUCAUGAAGAAGAUGAGAGCACUUUUCAAUUGGUAGAUACUGCUCGUGUGCAUAAACCUCUUCAUCAAAGAGGACGUUUUAGAAUGAAUCAGCAACGCAAUCUACGAAACCGAGAGAGACAAAAAUUAGUUCAGCAACAACAACUUCAAGUUCUCUCCAAAACUGCUAGAGGAAGAGAAAGGUAUUGUAGUUGUUAUUUGUAUAAUUUGGGACUACAGAAGAGUAAAUGUAGAUGCAAUUUCAAAUCUUUACAAUUCACAAACAGCCAAAUAAUUUUAUAUAUUGAAUUUUUUAACCCAAGAAAUGUU